AUGUUAGUAGAAGAGGUACCAAAAUCUACCACCUCUAAUGCAACAACCGUAUACUUCAGUUCGUCCAUAAACCUCACAGCGAGGUCAUUGAAUAGCAACAAACAUCAACUUAAUGAGAGUGGGGAUGGUCCAGUUAAUAAAAAGGGAAGAACCAAAGUUAAUUAUAACUUAAAUCAAUUAUUCAAUGCACAAACCCUGGCAAAUAACGAUCCAAAAAAUUCGGGUCCAUCAAAAUCAGUUCAACAGAUUCAAUUAGAAAAAUUAGUACAAAAAAGAUUAAAUGAGUUAAAUCAAGAAACAUCUACAAAAGGAUUCGAAUUGCCUAAAAAUUUUGUUUACACAAGUAUUCAUUCAGUUGGAAAUAAAAGAUUAGCACAAAAAUCAAGGCUAGGUAAUACACCUGCAACAAAAAGAAUAUUAGCUGCUAGAAGAAAUUUAAAUCUGUAUUUUGAAGAAGAAAGAAAUUUAAUAUCAAUUAAUACUAUACUUUCAUCAAAUUUUCAAUUUGUUGAUUUAAUUGAUUUUAAUAACCCAAAAUCAACAAAACUGGAAAGAUCAAGACCAAAAUUAAGACUUUGUUGUAUUUGUGGAUCAAAAUCAAAUUAUUCAAGAUGUCCUUCUUGUGUCAUAUCAUUAAGUUGUUGUAAAUCAUGUGAGAAGUCUAAUGGGUCCAAAGAUUUCUCAAAAUUGGAGCAAUUUGCUAACUUGGCAUCAGUUGGGUAUUGCGUAACUAAGGGCUUAUCAACUGGAGUUUUGAGUGAUCCAAAUACAAAUUGUCCAUUGGAAGCAUGUCAAAAUUCAGUUUUGAAAGAUGUUGAAAUUAUUCGUAUUUUUGAUUUCAACACUUUAAAUGAGGUAGGUACAGGUUUUUAUGCAGUUGAUCAUAAACGAAAAACUAUUAUACUAGUGUUUAGAGGAUCCGCUUCAAGAAGAGAUUGGGUUACAGAUUUAAAUUUUUUUCCAUGUCCUUAUGAACCAAUAGUUUUUGAUAAAGAUUUCAAAGAUGGAGAACCAUACAUUACAACUGAAUGUGUUAAUUGUAAAGUUCAUCGUGGGUUUUAUAAUUUUUUGAAAGACAAUUCUGGUGCUAUUAUAAGCGCUGGGAUCAAAAUGAAGGAGAAAUUUCCGACAUAUCUGUUUUUAAUUAUAGGUCAUUCAUUAGGUGCUGCAUUCACUGUCAUGAGUGGGAUUGAAUUCUUGUUAUUAGGUUAUGAUCCAUUAGUUGUUACCUUUGGAGGUCCAAAAGUUGGAAAUGAAGAAUUUUGUAACUUUAUGGAUGAUGUAUUUGAUACUGAGGAAGUUGCAAAACAAAUUGAUAAUUGUCAUGAUUUUACUAGAGGUUUCAUUAGAGUAGUUCAUAGACAUGAUAUUGUACCGUCUUUACCUCCUAUGUUUGCACAUGCCGGAUACGAGUAUUUCAUAGAUAAGAAAGAUUUACCACAUGAAGAAUGUGAUCUAGAUCGACGUGGAAUGUGUCAUUCUGGUUUAUUGACCAAAAGGGAUUCUAGUUCCUUAAGCAAAAGAGAUUUUGGAUUAAAAGAAUUUAAAGUGAAACCAUCAUUUUUUUGGCCCAAUAAAUUAGGAAAAUUCGAGCACACGCAUUAUUUUAGAAAAAUCACAAAUUGUCAAGGUAAUCAAUGA